AUGUCGACCUGGGGCCUUGCACUGUGGUGGCUUAUCAUCCUCGCCGUGCACCUGAUUACGUUCGGGUACAACACUGCCUAUGCGAUGUUCUACUACGCGCUGAAGGACACGUACAUGUACAUGACAUUCGGGUACUUCGGAAUCGGCAUGUUGGCGUUCUCUCCAUGGCGGCUUCCGGAUGGUUCUGACGCCUCGAUUACAAGUACCAAUAGAAUGGGAUCGUCCAAGAAGGCGGGGGAGUUGAACGCAGACGAUAAGAACGCUUCUCGACUGAUGUCGGCCAAGCUCCAAACCCAGCGAGUAUACUCGAAGGUAUGGGGUCGCAAGGGCGUUCUAGGCGUGAAUGGAGGAAACUUCCAUGCAAUUCUCGUCAUCCGGGAGCUUAUUGAGACAGGUUUUCAGACGCAACAAGCGUAUCGGAUGAGUUGGUAUCUCCCUCGCUUGCUACUCAAUCGGUUUUACCUGUUUUUGCUUGUGCUCAACUGCUGGUCGUCGGUGUUUAUCUGCUCGCUGCUGUUCAAGAAAAAUGAGCCGCGCAGGCGGUUUGCGUGUCUGGUAUGCGACUGCAUUCUCGACCUGGUGUCCUGCAUGGGCGUCCCGCUGAUCGUCGUCUUGAGCUACGUGGGUCACUACAACCCCGAAAUCACUGGUUUCGACAUGGAGAAAUGGUACGACGAGCAGUGGUCCGCGCGUGUCUUGAACGAGUUCCAGAUUGUCUUGGUGUCUUCAUGGUCGGAUUUGAUCAGCCGAACUGUGUUUUCGUUUGGGUUGAUAUCUACCACUACCAGCUUGAAGGAGCUUCUGCGCCGAGCACCAAGCGGAAGUAAACGGCGUAUUGCGUGUACUGCUGACAGCGUCCGAAUACCCGACAAACCCAGGCGCACUGAAGCAAAUGGACCUACCCUUGAUGGUAUCAUUGAAGCGCAUCAGCACGACAAACCCGUUAAAGUUGGCGCCGGUAGAUACGCCGAGACAGGAGUGCAGUCGCGCGGCGGUCGCAUCACGCUACAUUUAGCUCACUUGCUGUUUGGAGUUUGGGGCGUGGUGGUGCUCGGUCUGCACAUUGAUGCAUCGUUGCAGGCUGAGCUACCGCAAUGCACUCUGCAAGUGCACCCAUGGGCUGUGACAGAGCCAGCAUGUUACCUGGCAGUGCUCGACUGCGAUCAGCUCGAGAUCGGCGAUAGCAUGGAUGAGGUGGAGGCCAAGUGGAAUGAAUUCGACAGAUCCAGCGUAGUCACGUUGGUCAUGCGUCACUGCCCUGCAAUCGAAGUGCCCGAUAUGAUAGGUGAGUUUCACCGGUUAAGUGGCAUCAAGGUGUACAAUUCGACCAUUGCGAGUUGGGAGGAGUCUGCAGCGAUCACCAACAGCCACCACCCAGAUCUUGGCUUCCUAUUCAUGAUUCGCGUCAAUAUGACGGAUGGGCUUCUACCGGCCGGGCUUCACUCGUACGACUUCCCAACUAAACUGUACGAUAUCGAGCUGUGCUACACCAAUUUACGGGAAUUGCCUGAUGAUCUGGACUCAACGUGGAUGAUCGGGACGAUGAUUUACAUCGAAUACAGCCAACUUACGAGCGUGCCGUUAGCACUGACACGACUGGAUCCGUACUACUUGGCGCUGACAGGGAACCCCAUUUCAGAACUGCCACCUGAGAUCUUCGAGGUCGCCGAUAUGCUCUAUCUGGGCAUCGGCAGCACAUUGAUAGGCGAACUACCGCAGAACGUCACGAAUCUGUCGCCGACGCUUUCCUUCAUUUACAUAACCAACACCAACGUUUCGUUCUCUUGGUCGUGGAUCGACCCGCUCGUCGAGAGGAAGCUGGACUCGACACGUUCCUUGCUGAUGGGCGGAUCACCCUACUGCUCCGAUCUGGAAAGCCUCGCGGGUGGUACGGCCACCAGCUUUAGUGUUCUACCUUCAUCAAACUACUCUGUGACGCUGAUGAAUGCGUCUGAAGCCAACCGCGGUGUCAUUCUUCACACAGUCAACUGCGAGCUUCCAUACGCAGUACCAUUUUACCCCAUUGAACUUGAAGACUCCAACAGCGCCCUCAAGUAG